UGUCAAGGGGUUAAUUAUAUACAAUAUAAAAAAGGAUCCUCAAAUUCAGUACUUAAUAAUCAAUUCGCUGUUUCUCUUAUCUAAUGUAGAUUAAUAUGAUUAUCAAUCUCAAUAUCUCAAGAUAAUAAAUUAAGUUUAUUUAUGAAGAAACAACGGUUGUCAUUUCUCGAGUUUCUUUUUCUUCGCAUCUACAUUAUACAUGUAUAAUAAUCUAGUAUGAGGAAUCGCAAAUUAGUAUAAAUUAAGUAAUUUGUAAUUUAAUUAGCCGCAGUAUUAUUUUCGUUGAAAAAAAAAUUGAUUCUAAAAAUUUGUCAGAAUAUAUACCGCUCGUCAAAAUAUAUCGUCAAAAUUAUAAUUGUAAAUUAUGGAAUAUUUACACAAAGGCACAAAGACCGUUGUAGUAGCAUUAAUAUCAGAAUAAUAUUAUUAUCACAAAGCAGUGAAUACAUCAUACACGGAAUUCUCCGAUAAUCUCUGCUAGCUUGACCGCGUUUUUCCGGCUUUCCAUUUUCCGGUUCCCAUCACAUUAUGUAAAUACGUUCUGGUAUUGUCAAAGAGCAAUGUAGCAAAUACAGACACCGAAUCUACCAUAUAUGAUCUACCGGAAUAUAUUUACUUCACAACACGUUGCGCUACACGCAUGUCAGUCACCAUAAAAGAGCGGCGCGAAAGAGCUGUCCAUCUUAAUCACGCGCUCAACCGUGGAUCCAUCCGUCGAAUGGUGUGCGACCCUUUGAAAUAGAUAUUGCUCGCUUUCGUGCACCUCUUGAUUUUCAGAGCAUCGAGAGAUUCGCUAUAUUUUAUUCGCUUCCCAAAGCGCAAGAGAUCCGACGAGAGCUAAUCCUAAAUCUGUCCGGGUAGUGCCAAGUUUCUACGACAGGAAUUUAGCGAUAAACAAAGUCUUUUCAACAAAAAUCUUAACGAAGAGAGAAAAGUUAUCUUCGCAUCGUGAGAAACCAAAAAGUUCUAAAGUAUGUGCAAACAUAAUCGGCGAUGGUGAGAUUUUAUAUAUGCAAGUGAUAUACGGUGAAUAUGGAAACGAUUCAGCUCAUCGCAAUAUUCAUCGCGGCGAUAUUGUCCGUUGCGGCUGUGAAUAAUAUCAGCGAACAAUGCCAGGUUCACAAUGAAAAGUGGAUUAUGUGUAGUUGCGUCGGAAACGAGGAAUUUCUAUUGCCAGAGGAAUAUAAUUACAGGAAUGUUACCAGUAUAUCUGUCACGGGUUGCGUUUCAGCGAAUCUUCAUUACUCGAGUCUACCGGAAGCGAAAGAUCUCGAAGAGAUGAUAGUUCAAAAUAUCAGCGGUCGUCUGGAUUUCGAUGUCUUCAUUACAUCAAACAGGAUGAAGCUACUAAAAUUAUCGAAUAUUGGUCGGAUACCGAUGAUUGCGAGGCACACGUUCGUAAAUCUCGUAGCGAUUGAAACUUUCCAGAUCACGGAUGCAAUCAUCGAUAAAUUUGAGGAAGAUUUCAACUUCAUCAAUGUGUCGCAUUUUAUUAUAACGAAUGUCACGAUCGAGCGUAUCGACAAACUGAAUGUCUCUGAAAAGGGCACGAAGUUAAGUAUUAUCAACAGCGAGUUACGAAAUGUCGCGACAUCCUUAAACUUCGCCAGCUUUUUGUUUAUCGAAAUCAUUGGUUCCAAAUUCGAACUGCAGAAACCGGGUCUGGUGUCCAUUCAGGGCGACAUGGCGAUCGUGAAGAACAGUGUUUUCACAAACGUAAGCAUGAAUCUAGUAGCGAAGAAAGCCAUCACAAUAAACGGCAUUUGUGCGGUCGGCAAGAGUACCCUAAGACUCGCGUCCAGGUAUAUCAACAGCACUGACAAUCGGCUACCGAACGAGAUCGCUUAUCCAAGGGACAACAAUCAGAAACCGGAAUUCUUCACAAAUCGUAAUAAUACGGUCUGCAAGGCAGGCAAUUGCAAAUGCCCGAAAAGCAACGGACAAACUCCAUGUCAUCCGAUCAUUCCCACAUUCAUUCUUGGCUGCUCGUUAAUGUCGUUGUUAUUGAGAGGCUUCCAAUAAUUAUAUUUCAUAAUUUGUAAAAAGAAAAUCGAAUCGAUGUGGCACUCAUAUAAUGAUUCCGAAAGGAGCAUCUAAAUUUUAGGUUUCGAAUUGUUUUAUAUGGAUUGCACAAUUGCAAUGUAAUUAUUCGAUUUUUUAACAAUUUGCAGAAAAAAAUCUGAAAAUUUUGAAUUCUCGAUUAAAUUGCUCUUCCUGCAUUAAACACCAGUUUAGUUUAAAUUUUAAAUCUAUCAGAAAACUAAUAAU